AUGACCACCGUGGACAGCGCUGCACCGAGAGACACUGCCCGACUACCUCGCACAGAAAAGACGGACCCCACCUCAUCCGACCCUUUCUUUCGUGUACGACUGAUCAACAUCGAUCACAUCCUCACCGUACCUGGUCCGCUAGAUCGAACGCAAUGUGCCUUCAAUGCCGAAGGUCAGACGUUGCGCAAGGUCCCAAUCCUUCGCAUCUUUGGUGCAACACCUGCCGGCCAACGAGUUUGUCUUCACAUCCAUAACGUAUACCCCUACUGCUACGUCCAGUACAAAGGCUCGCUCGAUCCAGGUGACGCGCUCAGAUACAUCCACCGUCUCGGUAGGGAGCUCAACGCGGCUAUGGCUGUCUCUUUGCGCCGCAAUCCGGACGACCCAGAAGCAAACCAAUUUAUUGCUGCUAUCCACCUCUGCAAAGGCGUCAACUUUUACGGCUACCACGUCGGCUACUCCUACUUCCUCAAGAUCUCCUUUGUUGAUCCAUCACACAACUACCGCAUUGCAACAAUCCUCGAAUCAGGCGGUGUCAUGAAGACCAUCUUUCAGCCUUUCGAGAUUCACAUCCGAUAUCAGCUUCAGUUUAUGCUCGACUACAACAUCUUUGGCUGCGACUAUGUUGAUCUGGACGAUGUCAGCUUUCGCCUGCCAAUACCGGAGGGCAGCACCGUGGCUUCGGAUGAGCCAUCACCUCCCGACUCUCGCCGUAAGAUCUGGGACCGCAACUCAAUACCUUACACCCACGUUCAACCGGAAGAAGUGCAUCGAGGAACACAUUGCGAGUUGGAAGCAGAUGCUAGUGCGCCUUGGAUCAUCAAUCGGCGCAGGCUGAAGCAGCGAGACCUACAUCGCGACUUUGAUGAGGCUCCCAACUCAGGGACGGAGCAGAACAUCCUCGUGCCGAGUCUUUCGGGGCUGUGGGAGGGCGAAAAGGAUCGUAGAGCUGCGGCGGGUCUUCCACCAUCUAUACCUACAGAAGAUCCUUCUCGAGAUCCACGCCUGUACGCCACUGGAGAGUCCCCACCAUGGAACUCAGAAGACCGCAUGCGCCUGCUACUAAAGAAGCGACUCAUAGAUGAAAAGCAAAAGACAUUGCCGCGGGAACGAGCACCGAACCACUUCACCGAUCGUUCUGGGCUAGACCAUUACAUCAUGACUACCUUUGAUGCCGUCGAAGUCUUUCAUCCGUAUCAGGAUCAGAUCCAUGCUGCAGAUCCAUACUCGCAGCGCACGGGACCUUCUGCUUCUUCCAAGCUCUACGAUCUUCAGCAUGUCCUUUCACAGACGCAGCGAGGCGAUUCCGAUCAGACCGACCCACCUCAGCUGACGCAACAAAUGAAGGGGCAACCAGAGGACUUCGACGCCAAGUUCUUCGAGAGCCAGGAAUUCACCAACCGGCUCAAUCAGGCAGAAAUGGAAGACGUGGCCGGCAACAACGACCCGCCAUCAGAUGGGGAAGACGAGCCGACCGAAGGCGAAGCUGCUGAUCCCGCAGAAAAUGUGAACGACGGUCAAGGGCCACCUCGGAGAUGGCACUGUACAGAAAGCUCGGAUUCGAAUAUGUCAACAAGCAGCACCUUCAGCCGGAGCCCUUCGUCGACACCUAAGAAGCGAAGAUAUGCUGAUGUUCUGGGCAAUACGACGAAGACGCCCACCAUGAGUCCAUCGUCCAGACUGUCGAGAGAGUUCCAUGAAGACAGCGUGUGCAAGUUCAAGCAAGCCAAGCACGAACAUUCGACUGGCACGACCAACGGUACGAACAGCACAAAGUCACCACCAUCGGCGACUGCCGGCCGUUCGACAAGAGUGAGAUUCGCAAGCGAAUCGUCGCCUUCGCCUGCGGAGACAGCAAAGUCUAAUGGCUCAAGUACGAAGCGAGGGUCGCACACGAUGACUUCCGUCUCUGAAACUUCGCCAUUCAACGGCUCGGAAUUAGGCAAGCGACUGUUCACCUUUCACGAGCCAGCUCCGUCCCUCAAAACAGUCGUCGAGACCUUCUCGCUAUUCUCCAUCGUCCGCCAGGUCCAUCUGGAGCCUUUCUUUAGUGAUCCGAAUGAUGUCCCAGCUCGACCUCGAGAAUAUGCGGGACGGAUGUUCCAGUUUCAGUCACGGACCUUGCCUUAUCUACACCCAUUUGAGCACUGGCACAAGUCAUCCGCAGACACCUCUGCUCAGCAGGGGAAGCCACCCCGACGGCUGUACUGGCAAUUCGGUCCGCCUCCACCGACAAUGCUUGAAGCCCGCGCUUGGAGGCAGAGGGAGAAGAUCGUCGAGAAACAACUUUCCAAACGUCGCCGUGCCCGACUGCUCUCGCAAAUCGAAAGACUAACCCAGACCAACGAUUACGGCUUCAAGAUCUCCCAGCACAAAGCAACCACCCUCGUCGCGCGUGACAAGCAACACAUGACGAUACUCGCCGUCGAAGUGCUCACCACCACACGAGGCAACCUUUUCCCCGACCCCGCCUUCGACCCAGUCCAAGCCAUCAUAUAUUCCUUCCAAAACGAAGAUGAGAAUCUCCAAGACACAGGUAGUCGACCCGACCUACGCACAGGAUUGAUCCUUGUUGCGAAUGAAAACAUGAACGCAGACCGACUGGGACUCUCCCAUCUUGCAGUCGAAGUCGUCGAAGAUGAACUUGAAUUGUUCAACACUCUGAUUGAUCUGAUUCGGGCUUUUGACCCAGAAAUCAUCGUUGGAUGGGAAAUCCACUCCUCUUCAUGGGGGUACAUUAUCGAACGAGCCAGUAAAGAGUAUGAUUUUGAUCUUGUGCCCCAACUGGGUCGAUCUGUUGUACACAACACCGGUAGAGCAGGUGGCAAAUCAGACAACUACGCCUAUACCCAAUCUUCCGCCCUACGCAUCACUGGUCGGCACACUCUAAAUCUUUGGAGGCUGAUGAAAGGCGAGCUUACACUCAACCUCUACACGCUGGAGAAUGUUUGUUAUCAUCUACUGCAUAGACGGAUGCCCAAGUUUUCGCACCAGACGUUGACGCAGUGGUUUGUUUCAGGGAGGGUGGAGUUGAUGAGGAAAGCAUUGUUGUAUUUUGUCGACACGGUGGAGUUGGAGUUGGAGAUCAUAGCCGAGUCGGAAUUCGUUUUGAGGACUGCAGAGUUUGCCAGGAUCUACGGAAUUGAUUUCUUCUCGGUCAUUUCGAGAGGCAGUCAGUUUAAGGUGGAGAGCAUCAUGUUACGCAUCGCCAAACCCGAGAACUUUGUCCUUAUCUCUCCAAGCCGAGCUCAAGUAGGGAAGCAAAACGCAGCAGAAUGCUUGCCGUUGAUCAUGGAGCCACAGUCAGCGUUCUACAAAGGACCUUUGAUUGUGUUGGAUUUUCAAUCGCUCUAUCCUUCCAUCAUGAUUGCGUACAAUCUCUGCUACUCGACCUGUCUCGGUCGUGUAGCGGGGUUUAAAGGGACUAGCAAAUUCGGAGUGGUGGAUUAUGCUCCGCCGAAGGGAUUGCUGAGUCUGUUACAGGACGAUGUGAAUAUUUCGAGUAAUGGCUUGUUGUUCGUCAAACCGCAUGUUCGAAAGUCGUUGCUAGCAAAGAUGCUUUCAGAGAUUCUGGAUACGAGGGUUAUGGUGAAAGGUUCAAUGAAGGGGACGAAGGCAGACAAGUCUUUUCAGCGAAUUCAGAAUGCUCGGCAGCUCUCGUUGAAGCUUUUGGCGAACGUGACCUACGGAUAUACUUCGGCAAGUUUCUCGGGUCGUAUGCCAUGCGUGGAGAUCGCAGACGCAAUUGUUCAGACGGGAAGAGAAACUCUGGAGAGGGCAAUGGAUCUCAUCAACGGAACCGAGGAAUGGGGUGCACAAGUUGUAUACGGUGAUACCGACUCGCUUUUCGUUUACCUCCCAGGUCGGACGAAAGAAGAAGCGUUUCGACUGGGCAACCUUAUUGCGGAUAAGGUCACCAGUCUUAAUCCGAGACCGGUUAAGCUCAAGUUCGAAAAAGUCUACCUACCCUCUGUCCUGCUAGCUAAAAAGAGGUAUGUUGGGUUUAAAUACGAAACCCUGGACGAAAGAGAACCUGGAUUUGAUGCAAAAGGGAUAGAGACGGUCAGGAGAGAUUUCCACCCAGCGAUCCAACGUAUGCUCGAAGCUUGCAUUCGCAUUUUGUUCCGCUCGAGGGAUCUUAGUAUCGUCAAGAGCUAUCUUCAACGACAAUGGCGGAAGAUCUUGGAGGGCAGAGUCAGCCCACAAGACUUUAUCUUCGCUAAGGAGGUGAAAUUGGGUUCUUAUAGUGACAAGGUUGCCCCGCCCCCCGGUGCAGCGGUUUCUUCGAGGAGAAUGCUAGCCGAUCCCAGGUCAGAGCCGCAAUAUGGAGAAAGAGUGCCGUACAUCAUUUCGCAAGGUGAACCGAGGGCAAAGUUGAACCAGCAAGCCGUGUCCCCCGAUGCAUUCCUCAAGAACCCUCAACUGCAGAUCAAUGCGAUGUACUACAUCACCCGAACGAUCAUUCCUCCGUUAGCUAGGGUGUUCAAUCUUCUGGGUGCGGAUGUGGAAGGAUGGUUCCACGAAAUGCCAAAACCAAAUAACGCUUACUGGAACAAGCGGCCGACCGCGGCGCUUCUGUCAGCGGUACUAGAGCAACAGCGACUGGAAGGCAAGGCUUUAGAUGAGGAAGAACCAACAUCUUCACCCUCAAUACCAAAACCGAUCAAAACAGCAACUUCGACAACAUUGACCACACUCAACUCGCACUAUGCCACCGAAACCUGCCUGCUCUGCUCCAACAGGACGGAAGCGUUGGUUUGCAUCGAAUGUCGUCAAUCGCCGACGGAUAGCAUGCAUAGCGUCGCGUCAAAGUUGCACAGGUUGGAGGCGCAAGCAGUGGCGAUUGAUCGGAUUUGUAGCACUUGUGCGGGGAUGGAAAGACCGGAACCGGUGGAGUGCGUUUCGUUGGACUGCCCGUAUACGUAUCAGAAGACGAAAGUGAAGAAGGCGUUGGAGUAUACAACGUUGGUUCAUACCUAUGUUGCGAGGAUGUUUGAUGCGGAGGGUCAACGUGUGGCUGCUGUGAGACAUGCUUGGUCUCAUAUAGAAGAUACUAGCAAUGACAUCUGA